GUCUCAAGAGAGUCAGUCUCUUCGUUUUGAUACAGCAUCUGAUCACCCAACAUGGUAAAUCGAAUUGCAAGAGCACUUCUCGUGCUCGUCUCCUUGAGUUUGGUGUUUGCAGAAACAGAAACAUCAAAUCUACAGGUCAACUUAGCAGAUGGGGAAGUCGAGGGUGAGUUUGUGAGCUCAAGAGAUCGCAAUAGAAGUACUAAGAGCAAAUCAGGCAUUUUAACUGAGUUUCCUGUGUCCGACAACCUAGUGCCCGGAGGUGUUGCCCGCGUACGCAAGUUUCUUGGUGUUCCAUUCGCAGCACCUUCCAAGAGAUUUGCACCCCCAGCUCCAGUACGGCCUUGGAAGGGGCUAUUGAAAGCAGAUAGAAGCAAACCUGCAUGUAUCCAGCAAUUCAACUGUAAGUAGAGUUUGGGUCAGGGCGGCUAAAGAAAAAUGCUGAGUGAAUUUAGAUCCAAAAGCCAGCAGAGAUUUUGCCACAACUCUGUUCAACAAUCCAGCUCCAGAAGAGAGUGAAGAUUGUCUUUAUCUGAAUGUUUUUGCUCCAACAACAAUUCCUCCACCAGGCGGAUUUCCAGUCAUUUUCUGGGUUUAUGGGGGAUCUUUGCUGUUUGGGUAUGCCAGUCAUCCUAUGUAUGAUGGUUCUGGUUUUGCGGGAGUCGAGAAUGUGAUUUUUGUUUCUGCUAAUUACAGAACGAAUGUGUUUGGCUUUCCCGCCUCAAGUGAAUUGCCCUUGGAGGAACGAAACCUUGGGUUUCUCGAUCAGCGAAUGGCCCUGGAGUGGACAUCCAAACAUAUCAGAUCGUUUGGCGGUGAUCCAUCGAAAAUUACCAUCGCUGGCGAGUCUGCUGGGGCAUUAAGUGUGGAUGCACUGGUGACAACCUACCCCGACAGAGCACCUUUCCGAGCUGCCAUCAUGCAAUCCGGACAGAUAUCGGUCUUGCCUAAUGAAAGAUUGGAUACGACACCAAGCUGGGCCACUCUGGCCGCUGAGUUGAAUUGUUCUACCACAGCAAGUAACCUCACGUGUAUUCGAGAGGCCCCUGCACUUGUCAUCAAGGAUAUCGUUGAGAAGAAGAAUCUUUCUUGGGUUCCAGCCUAUGAUAACAAGACAACUGUGAGAGACCCAGUCGCUCGACGUGCUGCUCGCAGGUUCGCCCAAGUCCCGAUACUUGUGGGUACGAAUAACAACGAGGGUUCUAUCUAUGUUCGUAGCCAGAAGGAUUUCCCGAAAUACGUAAACGACAGCUUUGGAUUUAGUCCACCUCUGGUGGCUGCAAUAAUGGCGACGUUCACCGGUUAUAGUUCGGAUCUGGCAGCGAGUGACGCUCUUUUUACCAAUUAUAUCUUCCAAUGUGUAGGUUUUGAGGAAUCGAUCCUACCAAGAGAAUGAGACUAACGAUGAUUGAAUAGUCGCAGGCAUUACAUGCGCAAAAGACCAUUGACGCUGGGUCUCCGGUUUACCGGUAUUAUUUCAACACGACUUUCCCGAAUAAUUCGGGUAAGAAAGCUGGAUACGAACUGGAAGUCUAUCACUCUUCCGAAAUUCCCUUGGUUUUCGGAACCUAUGACCGGGAAGGUGCGACAGACCAACAGAUCGCUCUGAGUAGAUUUAUGCAAAAAGCGUGGGCGGACUUUGCAAAGGACCCUGAACUAGGCCCCGGAUGGCCAGAACUGGGUUCCAGCGGACCAGAUGUGGCAGUACUAGGCCUGGAUGGAAGUAGCGGAGCGACAAUGGUCAAUCAAACGAUCGUGGAUAGUAAGUGUCCGUUGUUCAGACUGCUUUACGAUGCCAUAAGUAAAUAGUUGAUUGAGAUGGGCGGGGAGCACAUCAACACACGUUUUGGGGGAAAGAAGAGAUAUCGAUGUCCAUUGUUGCGCUCAGGAUACGAGGCAAGAUACAUUCGGAGGCCGAAUGGAUUGGAAGGAGUAAUAAAAUAAUCAUAAUGAUUGAUGAGGGAAAGUUCUAUAAACGAUAUCCAAGCUGCAUAUAGAUAUAUAAUGACCAAAAUAACUGAGGAAAUUUGAGUAUGAAAGACGUUCAAAGAGAUUUUUGCGACAGAAUAUACUUGAGCAUGGACAUGUCGUCGGGAUGUUGUUGUGAUCGGUGGAUCCAAUCUGUUGUGGUUCGUGAAGUCUUGCCCAUCAUUGGGUCAUGCUCUCCAGGGGAUCAGGGGUUUACCCCAAGCUCGGCUGCUGUACCUAGUCUGGCUAGUCAGGUAUAGUCAGGUACAAGUAGAGCUAAUUUACUAGAAGUAACACCUGCACUAAUUGAGACGAGCCAGCCAGCUAGCCUAGCCUUCCUAGCGAGCAGCUAGUCCUGUUGACGUCAAUCAAUCAAUUUACAUUUACCCCUCAACUCUUCUUUGCCGUGUUGCCGUCACCCAUAAAUUCUAAUCGGCACUUCAAUCACAUCAUCCACAUCCACAUCCACAUCCUUUUACCCAAAAUCUGCAUAGUACGCAUUCGUCUGUUGUCUCGGGACGAGACGUACUCGGACUCUGCAUAAUUGAUCCAGCCAAGGCGUUAUAUUGUUUGCAAAUAUCCAUUCAUCCAAUCGCAAGAUGGCCACAGCCUGAAACCAUUUCGAUGCUGAACUCUCCAAGCCACCUCACUCCGUACAGUACAAAAUGGCACUGGCGCCAGCACCGCCCAAGCUCCCAUCCCAAGCGACGCAGCCGAGGCAGCGUAUUCGCAGUCGUAUGUACUUACUUACCCGUGAUCGUUAGAUUCGCGUCGACUAUUGCGCCUGUUCACUUCAUCCAUCGGUCUUGCCUUCCGCCUUGGUCAUCUCCCUCGCUGUACUCGACUACGCACUGUAGUACUUGGUGUGCCACUGCCGCCGAUAUGUUUUGUCUCAGCCAAACUUUGUGCUCCAUCUGAACAUUCUUCGUCCUACGCUCGUCCCCAACACUAAUAUGACGGCGCGGAAACGAUAACGACACAAGACGAGUACUAGUAGCAAAGGACGACAGAAGUCGGAUACGCGUAUCAGGAUGGCACAUUCGGCAGAGGAAGAAAAGGAAUUGUUACCAAGCACCGGUAGGCAUUGACCACAGUCCAUAGCCAACGACAAUGGGAAUGCUAAUUAGUAUGCUUAGAUACUGCCACGGAAGACAAUUCGAAGUCCUUGGAGCCAGCACCAAUUCGAUUGCUUGACCUCCCCAAUAAGUCCCAGCUCUUCAUUCUCGCGUUAUGCCGUCUCUCGGAACCACUCUCGAAUACCUGCCUCCUUCCAUACAUCUACUAUCUUAUAAAGUCCAUUAUAACAUCCGACGAUGACCACGCAACCCAGCAAAUCUCCAAGUUAUCCGGCCUGCUAGUCGCAGCUUUCCCCCUGGCGCAAUUCUUUACAAGCAUGCUAUGGGGUCGCAUAUCAGAUUUCUACGGCAGAAAGCCAACUAUCGUGGUUGGCUUGCUGCUCAGCGUCAUCGCCAACAUGGCCUUUGGUUUUUCCCGAAGCAUAGGCGCGUUGAUGUUCUGGCGCGUUCUGGCGGGCAUUGGGAAUGGAAAUGUAGGUGUGAUGCGAACAAUGACUGCGGAGAUUGUGAAGGAAAGGAAAUACCAGACGAGAGCUUUCUUGGUACUGCCGCUGGUCUUCAAUUCUGGAAUGGUUGCAGGAUUAGCGUUGGGAGGGUGUCUGGCGGAUCCAGUAAUGAAUCUACCCUUGUUAUUCGGAUCUAAUGGAUGGUUCAAUAUCUACCAUUACCCCGAAGGUGUUGCGUGGGCAUUGAAGUAUCCGUAUGCCUUGCCAGCCAUGACCAAUGCAUCUGUACUUGGUGUAAGUCUUUUCCUGGCUGUAUUUGGAUUGCGUGAAACUCUUCCGGGCAAGGAAGAUGACAUCGAUUUUGGAGUGAUGAUCGGGAGCUCUACAAGGCGACUCAUCAGCCGGUUCAUCUUGCGACGCAAUUCAAGUCAAUACUCUGCUAUCAACAUAGAAGAGACCUUCAACCCAGAAGAAAUCGAAGUCGAAGCCCCUCCAUCCAAUUCCAGUUCUCCACCAUCACGUCUAGCAUUCAGAAAAAUCUGGACCAGAGAUGUCAUUGUAACUCUAGUUUCCUUCGGUCUUCUUCCCCUCCACAACGCAGCAUUCAUGCAUAUCUUCCCUGUCUUCCUCAGUGCCCCCUCAUCCGCAAAUGUAGACUGGAAUCUGCUCUCCUUCACCGGCGGUCUCGGCCUACAAACUCCUUCUAUUGGCCUCUGGCUCUCUUGCUUUGGCCUCUGCGGCAUCCUCCUCCAACUUUUCAUCUACCCCCGUCUCCAGUCCCACCUCGGGACCCUAGGCUGCUUCCGCAUCGCCCUCUUCCUCUUCCCCCUCGCCUACCUCCUCGCUCCAUAUCUCUCACUCCUCCCCGAAUCGGGAUUGACUCGCUGGCUGGGCAUAGCAUUCAUCCUCUGUGUCCAAGUCAUGGCUCGCACCAUCGCUAUUCCUAGCACCGUUAUCCUGCUUACUGAAGCAGCCCCUGCUAAAACGGUUCUGGGGACGGUUCAUGGUGCGGGGAAUAUGCUUAGCAGUCUUGCGAGGGCGGUGGGGAGUGCAGUUGCUGGGUGGGCUUUUGCUUGGGGGGUGGAUCGGGGGUGUGUUGGGGCGGUUUGGUGGGGGUAUCUGUUUUUUGUUGCGGGUGGGGCGUUGGCGUGGAGUUUUAAUAUGAGGGAGGUGAGGGGGGCGUUUUCUGAGAAGAGUAGGUAG